GCAUGUGAACAGGCACGCUGCUCCUCACAAACCAACUGUUUCACUUGUGAUUCCCAUAUUUGCUCUAUCUUUUUAUUUGUCUUAACCUGACUUUUAACUCAUUCUCUGCAACUCUUUACGCUGAAGAUCCGCAGAGAGCAUGGGAGAACUACUGCUCUUCCCUCCUCUCUUAUUUUCCAUCCUCUUCUUCACCUCACCCUUUGUUUCAUCUUAUGAUGGGCCACUCUACGAUUCGUCUGCUUAUACUGAGUGCAAAUUACAACCUGAGGAGCCACUUUACAAUGGAGGGAUGCUCAAGAAUCAAGAACCAAACAUAGAACAGGUCAUUCUGGAUAAUGGUGAUCGGCUUCACUCGCUAUCGUUCCCACUGACAAACCUCAAUCAACGCACCAAAUAUUGCUUUUCCAUUUGGAUCAAGACAAACGAUGCGGAUUCAGCUCUCAUAAGGACCAGCCUCGUCACGGAAGAAACUACGAUAAAAUGCAUAGGGACUGUGAUUGCAAAGCAGGGCUGCUGGUCUUUUCUCAAGGGUGGAUUUGUAUUGUCGUCAUCGUCAAAUUCAUCUAAACUUUAUAUCCAGAGUUUAGACAGCAGAGAUGUCAAUUUAGCAAUUGCCAGUGCUUCUCUGCAGCCUUUCACUGAGGAACAAUGGAGAUUGAAUCAAGAGGCAAAAAUCAAUGAGGCAAGGAAGCGUGCUGUCACCAUUCAUGUUUCAGACAGACAGGGAUCAGAAUUGCACGGGGCAGCAGUAAGAGUAGAGCAAGUCUCUAAAGACUUCCCAUUUGGAUCUGCUAUAGCAAAGACCAUUAUUGGAAAUUUAGAAUAUCAGAAAUGGUUCGUCGAGAGAUUUAAUGCAGCGGUGUUUGAAAACGAACUCAAAUGGGAUGCAACAGAACACAUACAAGGGCAGGUGAAUUACACCAUACCAGAUCAGAUGCUGGAAUUCGUUCGAGCAAACCAGAUAAUUGCAAGAGGCCACAACAUUUUCUGGGAGAACCCCAAGUACACUCCCAAAUGGGUUCUAAACCUAACUCGUAGCGACCUGGAAUCGGCCGUCAGCUCCAGAAUACAAAGCCUGAUGAACAAAUACAAACGAGAAUUCAUUCACUGGGAUGUUAGCAAUGAGAUGCUACAUUUUGAUUUCUACGAGGAACGACUAGGGGCUGAUGCUACCCUGAAAUUCUUCAAGACUGCCAAUGAGGCCGACCCACUAGCAACGCUUUUCAUGAAUGAGUUCAAUGUCGUGGAAACGUGCGAAGAUGUUGAUUCGACUGUGGAUGCAUAUGUAUCAAGAAUGAGAGAGCUAAAGCUAGGAGGGGUUUCGAUGGAUGGAAUUGGACUCCAGGGUCAUUUUGAUGUGCCAAAUUCUCCUCUAAUGAGGGGCAUUCUUGACAAGUUGGCUACUCUCGGACUUCCUAUCUGGCUGACUGAGGUUGAUAUUAGCAACAAAUUCAACAAGGAAACACAGGCUAUUUACUUAGAACAAGUUCUGAGAGAAGGCUUCUCACAUCCUGCUGUGAAUGGGAUAAUCCUGUGGACGGCCCUCCGCCAAGGUGGCUGCUACCAAAUGUGCCUUACAGAUGGUGACUUCAAUAAUCUUCCGGCAGGCGACACAGUUGACAAGCUCUUAAAAGAGUGGCAAACGGGUACUUUGGAGGGCCGAACAGAUGAGCAUGGCUCCUACAGCUUCUUCGGGAUCUUGGGCGAGUACGUGGUUACUGCAAGGUAUGGCAACAAAACAGUCUAUUCAACAUUAUCGCUCUCACGAGGAAAAGAAACCAAACACUUUAACGUUCAAUUGUAACUGGAUUAAAAUUGUCUGGAUUUGAUCAUCAUCAACACCAUUUACUUUAAGGUCCCAUCUGAUCAAGAUUCUGGACAGCAUUAUAAACGAACUAAUUAAUUAGCCCACGAUGUUGAUUAAAGAGCAUGAUUAGGAAGAUUAGUGGAUAACACCACAGGGCACUAUGAGGUUGAAACCCAACCAUCUUGUCUGAAUCCUGGUAAAUACUUUGCAUUAAUACAAGAUCACUUUUACCAGUUCCCAUUUCAGCUUUGCCAGAAAUGGCUAAGCAGAUAUGAAACUAGUCCUGCUUUUCACAUUCCAUUCCAGCUUCAAAAUCAAUC